GAACCAAAUCCACCUGAAAUGCUUCAAAGUCUCCUCAAAUAUGAUAUGAACACAGGCCUGGUCAGGUGCAAAGCUUGCAUGGGAAAGAAUUUCAGAUGGCCCUCCUCCAUGCCAGAAUAUCUCAGAGAGCAUGCCUUCGGAUUAAUCGCUGAAUUUGAUGACAAAGUCGGGUUUAACUUCAUAUUUUUCUACAACGCACUUGAUAGAGGUGAAUUUACAGGACAUGAAAAUGAGUGGGUGACAGUACACAACCAGAAGGUAGUAGGGUAUGGAGAGGAGUAUAGCAAUGAUCAAUUGAACUACGUUCUCAAAACUAUGCCUGGUGCCAUCCAACACCCGGUUGAUCAGACACAUCUGCCACAUAGUAAGCUGGCAAAGAUGGUGAUUUCUCAGUGCGCUAAUAGUGGAGAUGAUUACAAG